AUGGAUCCUUCAACACCGACACCAAAAUCUAUAUUGCGCGGACACAAAUCUCAAAUUCACACAGCAACAUUCAUUAGAUCCAAUGAGCGCCUCAUUACAGGCGACGCGGAUGGUUUUGUGGUGCUAUGGGACCUCACGAUUAUGCGCCCACGUGCUGUUUGGCGUGCCCACGAAAAGGCUCUAUUAGGUGUGGGCGGCUGGGGUGACGACAAAAUCAUCACGCAUGGUCGUGAUUUGAAGCUCAUAGUGUGGAAACUUGGCGAGGCGGAAGAGGAGCAUCUCAGCACAGCAUUGCCGGUGGAAGAAGUUGCAACACCAAGACCGCAACCAUGGAUGUUACAUCUCCUUGAAGUCAAUACCUUGAACUUUUGCGCUUUCGCCAUUUGCUCAAGUGCGCCUGGCUCCGUCGAUACCGCUUCUGAGGUGCUGAUCGCGGUGCCUAAUACUUUGCACUCAGAUGCUAUCGACAUCUACCAAUUGCCGUUGCAAAGACGGAUUCAUACCAUCAAGGCUGGUGAUAAAACGGGCAUGGCCAUGUGCCUUGCUCUCCUGCAUCACAGAGACGCUCUCACGCUUAUUGCUGCCUUUGAAAAUGGUUACGCAACUGUGCACCGUCUUGAGCCUGAUGACCAAUGGGUCGCAACGUACCAUUCCCAGGCUCAUUCACAACCCGUCCUGUCGUUGAGUGUCUAUAACGACUAUUUCAUCACGUCCAGCGCCGACUCUAUCAUCGCCAAACAUCCUAUUCCUACCGAUUUGUUUUUUCCUCUGGAAGACACUGUACGCCCUGAAAGCACCGAGCGUGUAGUGGAGAUAGUAGACGAAGAACCUAAGGCGAAGUCACUUCUAUCUACUGGCCUGAAGUCUUCGUCGUCACAGGGGCUGAAGCCUCCUCGUAAGGGCAUUGCGUGGAAAGAUCCGCUCAAAACUAUCAACACCAAACACUCCGGACAACAGAGUCUAGACAUACGAUCCGAUGGAAGAAUCUUUGCUACUGCAGGAUGGGAUUCAAAAGUGCGAGUGUACUCUACAAAAACCAUGAAAGAACUCGCUGUUUUAAAGUGGCAUCAAGUUGGAUGUUACGCCGUUGCAUUCGCUGAUGUUAGGAUAUCGGAUCAGACGGAGGAAGAAAACUCUACGUCUGACGAUAGUCAACUCACGGGGAGUUCAAGCAUGCGAACGGGCUCUUUGACCCGAACAGGGCUGAGCGUCAAAGAGCAACGGAUAGCUACAGCGAGAAAAACACAUUGGAUUGCAGCAGGGGCGAAAGACGGCAAAAUUAGCUUGUGGGAUAUUUAUUAG